UCUUGUAUUCUAAUAAUCUUUUGAACUCCACGAUUCAUAUUAACGAACAUUUAAUUUUUCUUUACGCCAGAAGACCAUAGAAAUAACGAACGUUAAUCUUCUAUAUUAGACACACAUCAUUAGUAGCGUAUUGAUGGAAAUGGAAUUGAACAAUUAUUAUCAUUAAUUUGAAGCGUAACAUGAAAAUGACAGAAUUCGUAGAUGGAUGGAUUCUUGGUGAAGUAUUAGGUGAAGGUGCAUAUGGAGAAGUGCGGCUGGUCAUAAAUAAGGUGAAUGGGGAAGCUGUAGCCAUGAAAAUGGUUGAUCUUAAUAAACAUCCAGAUGCACGAUGUAAUGUUCGUAAAGAGACAACUAUUCAUAGAAUGCUUUCUAAUCCUAAUAUUAUUCAGUAUUUCGGACAGCGCAGUGAGUUGAAUGUUGAAUAUAUUUUUCUAGAGUACGCGUCUGGUGGAGAACUUUUUGAUCGGAUCGAACCAGACGUUGGAAUGCCACUCGUAGAAGCACGGAAAUAUUUUAGGCAGUUAAUAAUGGCUGUUGAAUACUUACAUAAAAGAGGUGUUGCGCAUAGAGAUUUGAAACCAGAAAAUUUAUUGCUUGACGCUCACAAUAAUUUAAAAGUUUCUGAUUUUGGCUUAGCAACUGUAUAUCGAUUUCAAGGUAAAGAACGCCGCCUGGAUAAAAAAUGCGGAACUUUACCUUACGUAGCACCAGAAGUCUUAGAAGUACCGUAUAAUGCAGAACCUGCUGACAUUUGGUCUUGUGGUAUUAUCUUAACUGCUUUACUAGCAGGAGAGUUGCCUUGGGAUCAAGCUUGCAUGAGUUGUUUGGAAUAUGUUGCUUGGAAGGAUUAUAAAUAUGAACAGCUUACACCAUGGAAAAAGUUAGAUGAACAAUCAUUAUCACUAAUAAGAAAAAUCUUGAACCAUAUUCCAUCAUCACGAUACACAUUAUUUGACAUAAAAGGACAUAUUUGGUAUAACAUUCGGUUUUCGGAAGAUGUAGUAUCAGAACUCUGCGUGGAAAGUGAUAAAAAAAAUCACAAUAAAAAAGAAGAAACAUUCAGUUUUUCACAACCAGAAUUGCCUCCUGUUGGCAAUAGUAAAAGUGUUAAUAUUAUAGAAUUACGUAAAAGGACAGGCUUAUCAUUUUCACAACCAACAAUAGUAGACAAUUUAUUGAUAUGUAGUCAAUUACAAACAAUUCAGACUCAAACUAGUCAGAAUACUCUUCAAAAUUUAGUUCGUCGAAUGACUCGAUUCUUUGUACCUUCAACAUGUGAAAAGACGGUGACCAUUAUCACUGAAGCUUUGGAGAGAAAUAAUUAUCAUUUUCGUGUAAACAACUUUGGAAUUGUAGAAAGUAAACAUUUCUACGCGACCGAGCCAGUGCACCAAAACAUCUGCCAGCAAAAUCUGUUGUAUGCUGUCUAA